CAUACAGCAGGAUGAAUACAUGUCUAUUCACAGGAAAGCAAUGGAGGCUGAGAUUUUGUCAUGCCCUAGCAGUCUUUUCAACCUUGAACAGAACUGAAGUAUUUUAGUUUUAAAUUCAACUGAAGUGCAAAGCAUUUGUAGGGGCACAUGCUCCAGUUAAUGCAUCAAGCAUGCUUCUGCUUAGCCUUAACCUGGUACAAGAUGAUUUCUGUUUGCCUGGCAAAUGGACACCCAUCAAUAACUGCUUCUAUUAUGGCACCUAGUGAUCUGCACAUUGUUAAAAAUGACUUUGGAGUUAUUCUUUCCUGGAACAGUAACAUUACAGAAGAAAUGGAGACAUAUUCUGUGAAAUAUGUUUUGAUGUGUAAGUUCGAUACAGCUAAGGAAAUUCUAGAAAGACUUCAAGAAAAUAAAAGGAUUAUAAGACUUGGGCUACACUCUGGUUUCUAUGCUAAAGUUAAAACACAGCUUCUUUCAAAAGAAACAGAAGACGUUAUAAAGGAGAGCAACUGGACUGAAUUUGUUUACAAGGCACCUCCAGUAUAUAUUCAAAAUCUCUCAUGCAUCAUAUAUAACCUUUUCAAUUUCAAUUGUACCUGGGACAUUAAAACAGAAGCCCCUGAGGAUGCUCAGUAUUUUCUUUCCUACAGGUACAGUGGAAAAGAAUUUCAGUGCCAACUAUAUUUAAUAAAUGCAAAACACAAAAACAUUGGAUGUCACAUGAAAGAAGUGUAUUUUAAUUCCUCUAAUCCUAUCAGAUUGAAUAUAAAUGUAAGGGUAAGAAGCAACAGUUCGGAAAACCGUUCCUAUUACAAAAGAUUUACACCUCGAAGAUUAGAAAAACUGAACCCUCCAAUCAAUGUGUCUCUAUCCCUUGAAGACAGAAGCAUUAAAAUUAACUGGAGAAAAAAAUUGUUUUAA